UUAACUUUCAGGUUUUAGUUCUGUUUAGUUUGAGUCUGCUGUACCUUGGAGGGUCUGAAGUCACAUCAUAUGAGUGUUUUUUAGAGAGAGGGAGUGGUUUUGCUAUUCUACAUGUGUGGUUAUAUGUAAAAAGUGUAACAUUGGAUAUUUGAUUGAUUAACUGAAUUUUCAACUUGAUGAGCUGUCACAAUGGGGUUUUGAAGCAAUGAAGAGGCAAACUAGAAAAAAUCUUGCUGUGUUGCUCUUGGGAGAAACUGCAGGUCUGGUACAUGCACAAAUUCUGUAGUGAGGGUUUGUGUGUGUGACUCAACAGAGAGAAAUGUAACAGCUCAACCACCAACAUUAAGGGAAAACCUUCCUCCUCUUUGAUUUAAAAAAUUUUGAAGUCAAAGCAGUCAUCCAUAUAAAGUUGCUCAAGAACAUAAGGUAACUUUUUGAACUGAUGCCAAUUUUACAUUUGUGGAGUGGGGAGAAAAGUUAUUCAGGGCUAAAACAUUGCUGGUUUUUGAAUUUUACAUUUUACAGUUAUGACUCUGAUGUCAGUGUAACAUUUCUCAGGGUCUAUGUUUCUACAUCCUCUGCUACCUUCAGAACUGAGACCUUUUAUUUUGAAUGUUAGCUAGGGAAAGGUUUGUAUUGCUUAAAAACUUCAGAAAACUACUAAGGGUGAGUGAGUGCUAGAAAAGAACUGUACUCCUCUUUGGUAAACUGAAGAGUGGUAAUUAGUAGGAUAAAUAUCUGAAUGUUCUGUUAAAUCACAGAAUCUGGUAACAGAAUUAAGUUAUUCCAGCUGGAGUGUAUCAAAUCUUUCACGUGGUCAAGUCCACUACUUGAAAUAAGAGCAGAAGGUCAAGUCAUUAAUUUGUAAAUGCUUGUUAAUAAUUUUUACAACCUUGCACAUAAUUGAGAUGCUUCAGAGCUCAUUAAAACUAGCAACAAAAGGGCUGGAAAGAAUUCCAUCAUCUUUCCAUUGCUGGCAACAUAUAAUUCAAUAAUGGCAUAAAGUCUGUAAACGUAAUUAGAAGAAUUUCACAGUUUGCUCGUGUAAAAUUCUUCCCUGCUCUAUUGUUCAGCAAAAGGCACUUGGCUGAAUGGAAUAGACAUUUUCUGGUGGGUGGCUGCUUUGGAAAACCACGUGGUGUGGAGAGAGUUAAGGUGAGUUAAGGGGUGGUGGAGGAAACACCUGUGCUCAGAGGCAGCUCUGUGGAAGUGGGUGGUGCUGGGAGAGAGUGUUGGGACAGCUGUACCCAGCACAUCAGGCUGGGCUUUGCUCCACAGUCAGCAGCAUGAGAGAUCAAAUAGACCUUCUGGCCACAGUCACAGUUCUGGGGGUCCUGGAGCAAGGCUAUUUUGCAAUGCAGGUGAUCUACGCCCGUCGGAAGUACAAGGUUUCCCCUCCCGAAACCACGGGGCACCCUGAAUUUGAGCGGACCUUCAGAGCUCAGGCAAACUGCUCAGAGUACUUCCCAAUCUUCAUUUCCCUCCUCUGGGUUGCUGGAAUCUUCUUCCAUCAAGGUGUGACUGCAGUGUGUGGGCUGCUCUACCUCUACACCCGCCUCAGGUACUUCCAGGGCUAUGCCGGGGCUGCACGGGGACGGUUGGGACCACUGUAUGCCAGUGCCUGGCUGCUCUGGCUGCUGCUGGGGCUGGCACUGGCUGGGCUCCUGGCACACUUCCUGAGGCCCACAUGGAUGGCAGCACUGGUGUGGCCUCUCCAGCUCCAUGGGGCCUGGUGAGAGGGGCCACAGCUCCCCCAAACCCCACUGUCUGCCCCCGGCACAGGGGAGCCAGUCAUGUGGCACCAUCAGAGAGAGAAUGUUUCCCUGGCUCUGCAUUCCCUGCAGAAGGGAGAUGGAUGCUGGCACUCCUCUGCUCUUCAGAGAUAAUUUCCCUUCUAGAAAGCAAAUGCUUUCCAGCCCCUGCUCCUGCUGAGGAGCUUCACUGCUGGGCUUUGUAGCACUGUCUGCUCCAAAAUGCCUCUGGCUCUGCCUCAUGGAGCACAGAUUGACCCACAUGCUGUCGUCUCUCCUCCUUACUGCUGUAAUGAUCUAUGUUGAAG